AUGAGUGGUCGAGUUUGGUCAAACGAUAGCGAUAGCGAGGAAGAUGAUGAACAAGAUCAAAUCAGCAAUACCAUUGGUGAUGUAGAUGAUCUAACAUCAAAGUUGGGAACUUUAUCAACUAAAGAACAAGAUAUUAAAAAGAAUGAUGUUGUUGUAAAAAGCAAAGAGAUAAAGUCUACCACAAGUGACUCAACAACAACUACUACUACUACUACUCCUCAAGUAGCACAUGUAAUACCUGCCUCUCAAAGACCAGAUGGUACAUGGAGAAAAGAGAUUCGAGUAAGACCUGGUUUCAUUCCUCAAGAGGAACAACCAAAAUACCAACCUCCACAGAAACGUUUUGAUGGAGAUGUCAACAACAACAACAACAAUAGAUCACCUGUUAAGCCAUCAGUUACACCAACAAAACAACAACAAUCAUUGACGACAACAACGACAACAACAAAAGUAUCCUCAACAACAACAAUUAUUCAAAAGGGUAGAGGAACGUUUUCAAAACCUAAACAACAAGAAGAAGAGGAAGAAGAAGAAUACGAUCAAAGUGACGACUAUGAAUCGGAUGAAGAGGAUAAUGAAGAUGAUGAAGAUGAUGAAGAGGAUGAUGAGAAAGUAAAGAAAGAAAUAAUUCAAGAAUCCAAGAAAACAACCCAAUUUGUAAAUAAUAGUAGAGAUAGAGAUAAUGAAUUCACAUCACCAUCAAGAGAUCAUUAUAAUACUAGUAAUAAUAAUAAUAGAUAUAAUUCACCAAGAGGAUUCUCUCCGUCUAGAGGUGGAGGAGGUGGUGAAAGAGGAAGAGGAGGAUGGAGAGGUGGAGAAAGAGGAAGAGGAGGAGGAAGUGGAAAUUAUUCCUCUCCAACUAGAUAUAAUAAUGAUAAUAAUAAUAAUGGUCCAGCUCAAUAUUUAAACAAAGGUUUUCUAACAGAUGAUGAAAUUAAGUCAUCACCGUCAUCAUCAUAUAAAAAUAGAUAUAAUAAUAAUAAUUCACCAUCAAAGGAUUAUGAUCAAAACAAUAACUAUUAUCAACCAAAACAAAAUUAUUCUCCAAGAGGUGGAGGAAGAGGAGGAGGAUUUUCAUCACCAAGAGGUGGAGGAGGAGGAUCGAAUGGAUCUUGGAGAAAAUCAAAUUCAAAUAGUGAUGAUAAUGGUAUAGAUCCAAAUAAUCAAUUAUAA